UGUCAAUAAACAAAUUAAAUAUCAAUGUAAUCAAUUAUGACAUCAAAUGUUAACACACGACACCUUGGCCUCUAUUUGUCCCUAAAAACUGUUAAUAUUCAAAAACAAAUUCAAGACAAACUGAAUUUUUAGCAUAUGAAUACAAAAAAAAAACAGAAAAGCAACACAAGAAAUUUAAUUUCAAUACAAAAGAAACAGAAAAAAGAAAAACUUAUUUACUCUUUUAACAAAGAAAAUAACAGAAAAGAAGAUACAACAAAAAAAUCAAUAUAGUACAUUUAAUAAUACAAUUACUGCUAUAAUUUAAUUGUAUUGACAAAUAACAGCAGCAGAAACAAUAAAAAUAAUCAGUCAGUCAGUCAGUCAGAGAGACCGACAGAAAGAAAGACAGCCAGACAGACCCUUCUUCAGUAUUUUAUGUCCUGCCAUCAUUAUCAGCAACACCGCCGCCAACACCAUCACCACCUCCAGCAGUAUUGAAAAAGUCGCUGCUUGGCCACAACGUUUAACAUAAACGAAGAACAAGAAGAAAAAAUAAUAAAAACCACAAACAGGACAACAACCGCCAUUAAAAUAACAGUUAGAAAAGAGACACCACUUAAGCCUGAGAGUAAGUGUGUGCGUGCUAGUAACUGAGUGAGUAAGUGAGUGUGUUUAGCGCCGCAAAUAUGGGAAAGAAAAGCUCCAAAUUGAAACAGGACACCAUUGAUCGUUUAACAACGGAUACCUAUUUUACAGAAAAAGAAAUCAGACAAUGGCAUAAAGGAUUCUUAAAAGACUGUCCCAAUGGUUUACUCACAGAGCAAGGUUUUAUAAAAAUCUACAAACAAUUUUUCCCUCAAGGAGAUCCUAGUAAAUUUGCCUCGUUAGUUUUCCGGGUAUUUGAUGAAAAUAAUGAUGGCUCAAUAGAAUUUGAAGAAUUUAUACGAGCUUUGUCGGUAACAUCGAAAGGCAAUUUAGAUGAAAAAUUACAAUGGGCUUUUCGUUUAUACGAUGUGGACAAUGAUGGUUACAUUACAAGAGAGGAAAUGUACAACAUUGUUGAUGCCAUUUAUCAAAUGGUGGGUCAACAACCACAAGCGGAGGAUGAAAAUACACCACAGAAGCGAGUGGAUAAAAUAUUCGAUCAAAUGGAUAAAAAUCAUGAUGGCAAAUUAACAUUAGAAGAAUUUCGUGAGGGUAGUAAAGCUGAUCCACGUAUAGUUCAGGCGUUAAGUUUAGGUGGUGGUUAAAUCCUUUUCCUUGCAAAAAAGGGUUUACCUCUACAGUUCUUUAACUUUUCUUUUAAACUCAACAAAACCUUAAGCUUUAAAGCUCUUACAUACCAAAGAAAAAUCUAUCUACAAGUUUUUGUUUAAUUGUUUUCUUAUUUAAAACUCAAAACUCUG